AUGGCUGAAAAGGUGGAAAUGCUUGAAGCAAAGGUGCAACAUAUGAAAGAGCAGAAUCGUACUCUACGAAUGAUGGUGGAAAUUAUGAGCAAGAAAUGCCAGAAGCUUCAACUUCAUGUUCAAGAGAUCAACAAUGCAGAAAGUGAGUUUUCCACAGCACAGAAGGCAUCGCAAAUCUUUGUUAAAAUCCCCCCCAACGACAAUAGUUUGAUAGUAAAAGAUGGUUAUGAGUGGAAGAAGUAUGGUCAGAAGAAGACAACGAAAGACAAUCCUUCACCCAGAGCUUAUUACAAGUGCGCAUUGGCUCCUACAUGCCCUGUCAAGAAAAAGGUGCAAAGAAGCAUACAGGAUAAAUCUAUCGUUGUUGCAACUUACGAAGGAAAGCAUAACCACGGUUUUCCUUUUCGUGAUUUAUUCAAGCCAUCAUCGGCUACACCCGAAGCCUCAAUAAUGGAUAACGAUUUACCUAUGACAAACAUAUCAAACGACAUCAACAUCGACCUUUGUCUAUGCAAUCGUGUUCCAACAGAUGUAACAGAUAAACAGCACAAGGACGGUGGCAGUAACAUUAAAGUUCUGGAAUGUGUAAGUUCUCUUCUAAAAGAUCCUAACUUCAUCAAACCAUUAGCUGAAGCAGUUGUUCUCUCCAUCAAUACCCAGAGUAAGCAAGUGGGUCUUAACCUGAGUUUGGGUCUUCCUCAACCGCAUUUGUCUAAGUGA